AUUACUCCAUCUGCUUUCUCUUUGAAAGAGUACGAACAUUACUACAUUCUUAAUUGAUUUUUCAGAUUCCAAGUCGCAAAACAAAAGCAAGAGUAUUUGAUGGGUGACAUAACAAAGAAUUGGAAACAACUAAGCGGUGAGAAUGACUGGGAAGGUCUAUUGGAUCCUCUUCACAUCAAUCUCCGUCAAUAUAUAAUUCACUAUGGCGAGAGGGUUCAAGCUGUUUACGACUCCUUCAAUCACGACAAGUCAUCUCCAUUGUAUGGAUUUCCUCUAUACGCACCCAAAGAUCUCUUCUCCAACGUUGGCCUAGAGAAAGGAAAUCCUUUUAAGUAUACCAUCACCAACUAUCUCUACGCAAUGACAGAUAUCGAUUCCAGUAUUGAUUGGAUUGUAAAGGACCAAUCUUCGUGGAUCGGUUACAUUGCUGUGGCCACAGAUGAAGGAAAGGCUGCUUUAGGAAGGAGAGAUAUUCUCAUUUCCUGGAGAGGAACUCUUUUGAGUGGCGAAUGGUUGAAGGAUGUCAAUUGGCCUCUAACUUCAGCUUCAAACUUAUUUGGGGACACUCCUCACAAUCCUCACCCUCAUGUGCACCAGGGAUUUCAUUCGCUCUACACAUCGUCAAACCCAAAAUCACAGUACAGCAAAUUCAGUGCUAGAGAUCAGGUACUGCGUGCAGUGAGGAAAUUGGUAGAUAAAUACAAAGACGAGGAAAUUAGUAUAACAAUAACAGGUCAUAGCUUGGGUUCGGCACUUGCGACAUUGAAUGCAGUAGACAUAGUUUCGGGAGGAUAUAAUAAGCCCACGGGAGCGGAUAAAGCAUGCAUGGUCACAGCUUUUGUGUUUGCAAGCCCCAAGGUGGGAGACAAAGGCUUCAAGACUGCAUUCAACAAAUUCAGCAAUCUUCAUCUCUUGCACAUUAGAAACAUCGGUGACAUAGUUCCUAAAUUGCCUUUUAUUUUCUACUUUAAAGUGGGAAAGCAGCUAAAAUUUGACACUACUAAGUCGACGUACGUAAAAGCCGAUAAUGCUGAGGAAAUAGGUGCUUUGCAUAAUUUAGAGAAUUAUCUGCAUGGAAUUGCAGGGACGAUGUCAGAAGGGAGUGGUAAAUUUGAACUGAUUGUUAAACGUGAUAUUGCACUCGUGAACAAAGGAGCAGAUCUUUUGAAGAGUGAAUUUGGUGUACCACCUGAAUGGUGGGAUCCUAUGAUGAACAAAAGAAUGGUUCAACAGAAUGAUGGCUCCUGGAAGUUGGAGUAUUAUGUUCCAGAGUGUCCUAGUGGCUAAUAUUCUUGGGAAUAAAAUGUAAUGUUGCAGGACUCAGCUUGGGGGUGCUAAUAAAAGCUUUGUUACCUAGUUUUUUGCUAUUUAAUAAUUCAUUUAUUGGUUUGUAGCUCGGUGUAACUAUAAUCAAUAAAAUGCCUUGCUCUUUUUCCAGUGUUUA